AUGGCUCCCGACCCUAUCAUCGCGCCUUCCAUCCUCGCGGCCGACUUUGCCAACCUCGGCCAUGAGUGCUCUCGUACCAUCGAGAACGGCGCCGACUGGCUGCACGUCGACAUCAUGGACGGCCACUUUGUGCCCAACAUUACCUUUGGCCCCCCCGUUGUCGCAAAGAUUAGGGGCCACGUCGAUCAGCCCACCGACAAAUUUGGCCGCGGCACGUUUGACUGCCACAUGAUGAUUGCAGAGCCCAAGCGCUGGGUCAAGGAGUUCAAGAGCGUCGGCUGCGAUCUCUACUGCUUCCACUACGAGGCCGCCUUCUCCACGGCCGCCGAGAGCCCCGAGGCCACGAGCGACAAGAAGACGAGCCCCAAGGAGCUCAUCCGGUAUAUCCACGACUGCGGCAUGCUGGCCGGCAUUGCUAUCAAGCCCGACACAUCCGUCGACGUCCUGUGGGAUAUCCUGGCGAGCGACGAUGAGAAGGACCGCCCUGACAUGGUCCUCGUCAUGACAGUCUACCCAGGCUUUGGUGGCCAGAAGUUCAUGGCCUCGGAGCUGCCCAAGGUGCAGGCACUGAGGGCCAAGUACCCCGAGAUGAACAUCGAGGUGGACGGCGGCCUGGGCGUCGGCACGAUCGACCAGGCUGCCGAUGCUGGUGCCAACGUCAUCGUCGCCGGCAGUGCUGUUUUUGGCGCCAAGGACCCGUCUGAGGUGAUUUCUGUGCUGCGCAAGUCGGUGGCAACGAAAGGUGGCAGG